AUGGGUUGAAAUUGUCUGACAGGAUUCUAUGAAACUUCAUGUGGAUGUCGAAAUCGUAUUUGUGGCGUCAAACAGUCAAAAGUUAUUCAUAUGAUUGUAGUCAUUUCAGUCCGAAUGCGAACUUAGUGUCUUUCAAACUUUGAAAUCAGAUACUAUUUUCUCCUGUCUUUCCUUUUACAUUCGUGCGGUCGAAAACUGUAUCCGACUGGCGUUCCGACACACCUGUACAGAAGCAUUCAUUACUGUAUUUAGGAGCACCUACUAAUGGCGUCAUCAACGGCGUUGAAUCGCGCAUGGUAUGGAGUUUGUCCAAGUGGAGAUGCCGUACAAACGCCAAUUUACUUCCGGGUACGGUUUGUGUUUCCCAAAGGCGCCUCACAAGUAAACAUUCUUUGAGAAUUAGGACUGAAUGAACCGAAACCUCGACACAGAAUGCCCCGUUGUUAGUUUAGCGGAGGAAACAUUUAAUUAAAUCCUCAUAUCCGAUCUCUUGUUGAAUUUUUACGUUUCUCCAGUUAGCUUAGAUUAGUUUAGCUCGGUACCUGCGAUCAAAGCGACGCGUUUGUUCGAAACACAUCGCUAGCGGAGUUCCCCCUGUGAGUGUAAAUUGUUGUGAUUAUCGGGUGAAAAUGUGUAAAGUCGAAAUGCUGAGAGCGAUGCUGAAUGCCCGACUGAGUGCGGCCGUCGAAGAAAUAUUUGGAGUCGUUGCAAGAACGAUUGCAGAGUACGAGGAGGAACUUAGUCGGACCAAGGAGGAGAACGAGCGACAACGUCAACUACUCGACGCAGUUUUCAGGCCUCAGGAGGAACCCCACAAAACAGAUAACAGUGAAGAAAGUCUUCCCCUUGAGCAGCAGGAACCAGAGCCUCCCCAAGAUCAAGGGGAAGAGGGGGAGGCAGAUCCCUUCCUCAUUAAAGAGGAAACGGAGCGUGAGCCUCAUCAAUUGCUGGAGUUGCCGUUUUCUCGCGUCAUUGUAAAGAGUGAAUAUGAUGAAGACAAAAGUCAGAGUGUGGAGAGCAGAGGGGCGGAGCCUCCAAGCAGCAGCUCAAGUCAACACGUGACAACAGAAGGUGACGGAGGCCGCCGUGGAGCAUCGCAAGCAGACUGCCGCUUGGCUCCACAAUCACACUCUCGUUCUCCUGACUCUGAUGCUGAACACCCUAAAAGUGAUAUGACAUGUCACCCUGGCAACGCACACUGGAAAUGUUCUCAAUGCGACAAAACGUUUGGUACCAAGUACACUUUGCGAGUACACAUGAUGAUCCACUCUGGAGACAAACCGUUCAUGUGUUCCGUUUGCGGUAAAAGAUUCUCUCAGAAGGCACACUUAACGACACACACCAGAAUACACACGGGCGACAAGCCUUAUUCCUGCUCUGUCUGCAACAAAAGUUUCAUUGAUUACUCCGCAAUGAUUAAACACACGAGGGUACACACCGGAGAGAAACCUUUUGCGUGCUCGGUCUGCAACUUAAGUUUCAGUGAUCGCUCCAAUUUGGGCAAACACAUGAGAAGGCACACCGGAGAGAAACCUUUCGCCUGCUCGCUUUGUGGUAAAAGAUUCUCCAUAAGGGGACAUUUAACAACGCACACAAGAACACACACGGGAGAGAAACCUUUCACUUGUGCCAUCUGCAAUUUAAAUUUCAGUGAUCGCUCGGGAUUGGUUCAACACAGGAGAACGCACACGGGGGAGAAACGCUUCACCUGCUCAAUUUGUGGUAAACAAUUUUCUCAAAGGGGUGCGUUCACAAAACACAUCCAAAUACACUCUGGUGAGAAACCAUUAAGUUGCAGUGUGUGACAGCUGAACAAACACCGGCGUGCUGCGAGGACAUUGAGGAUUUGACUCCAUUGACAAACCUUUGAUUUUGCGUUGUCAAUUGUAAACGUGUACAAGUGAGCCCAAAUAAAAAAUCAAGUCUUUAACUUGUGAUAGUGUUCAGCGUCAUUGCCCUGCUGCUGUUUCGGGUUCGCAACAAAGUUCUUUCAUGUUCUCUCAACGGUAGCUCUGUCACAUCUGUACGUGAAGGAAAUAGGGAUGGGCCAGCGUCCGCUAAUAGUAAUAAAACUGCGAAACUGAUGACCCCUAA